GGUUGCAUAGGUCAAUAAUUAAGCAAUACGUCAGGAACAUUACCGUGCGUUAUCUUUUGCACUUGCCUCACUUACGUCAAUUGUUGUUACGGCCUUAAAAAGGUAAGCAAACAUUCAACAUGCAAAUAAUUCAAGUUAAGUCUAUUUUAGAGUUCGUGACUAUGUUGAUACUUCCUUCAGAUAUUCAAUUUACAUAAGCACUUCCUUUCAACCAGGAACACAAUGGACAUCAUGCACUACAUAAAAUAUACAUGUACAUACAAGUGCCAUAUAAUCGGAGACUGAUACCUGUAGAAUAGUUAUUUACAAAUUGGAGAGUAUUGAUGAUGGCUUUUCGUGCUGGACGCAUGAUUGAAGAAGAACAUUGGCUUGCGCAAGCUAAACAAGAUUCACAAAUUAAUCGAGAGCUAAGGCACCAGCACGGAGUUGGACCUUGUGUUAUUUUUAUUCUGGAUACGUCUGAAAGCAUUCGGGGACAAGGUUUCCAGGAACUUAAAGAUGUUUUCAAAACAAUCAUUGAGGAGUAUUCCCAUUAUCCAGAUAUAGAUGAAAACGUGGCAGUAAUUGUUUGCGGUCAGAUGACAAAGUUUCAGAAUUAUUACACCAAUCAGUAUCAUGAACUAAUUCAUUGCAUGGAUGGAGUUGAAUGUGAAGGCUUAUCGCCCUUAGCUGCGGGACUUCUUUUGUCUUUGGGCGCCAUCCAGGACGGUGCUAGUCACACCAGGAUAAUUCACACCUUUCACUUAAGACCCCGGAUUGUACUUAUAUCUGAUGGACGACCUACAGACAUGAGGUUGAAUGGAGAUAUAGAUGAUUCAGAACUGUUUGAAACAGAAAUUGCAAAAAGCCAAGCCUUGCAGGUUGGAAAUAGACUUGGUCAUCACCAUCCAAUAUUUUGUAUUCCAGUUGGCAGAAAGCCAGAUAUGACAUUUUUAGAAGCUUUGUCUGCAAGAUCAAUUGGUGGAAAGGUAAUUUAUCCACACGAAGCCCGGCUCUUUGGACGCUACAGUACAUAUGUGAAUGAAGUGGCAUUUCUAACGCUCAUUUGCCCAGACGUACAAAAUAUGACAGAAGAAAUGGCUCUGCAUAUCUUAUCUAGAAGAAAGACAAUUACAAACUUCGAUGAUACCGACAUGGAUCAAAUCUUAGAAAUAUAUCGUCGUAGAGGAACUUUCUCAUCACACAGAAUAGAAAAUGCCCCCGAUGACGAUGUUGAUGAAGGGGAACAUUACCAGGAGCUAGACCCCAGUAUGCCUCCCUUGGGAACCCGAGUUAAGAGGGGUACUACUUGGAUUUGGAAGAACCAAGACGCAAUGGGACCGGGCACUGUAACUGGACAUUCAGUGUUAAACGCUGGUUGGUUGUACGUUUGCUGGGAUCAUGGCCUGACAUUUAAUUAUCGAUAUGGUGACUUAUUCUCCGACGUAGAGGUUUGCGAUGAACCAAGAAUUUUAUGCAGCAACGAAAAAAUUGCUCCAGGAUGUCUUGUUCAGCGUGGGCCCGACUGGAAAUGGGGGAAUCAAGAUGGGGGGCCUGGGACCGUUGGUAUGGUGUAUAGAGUGACAAACAACUCAACUAUUUAUGUAAGAUGGCCCAAUUCAGUAAGAAGUAACUACAGGUUUGGUUAUAAAGGAAAGUACGAUGUACAACUUUGGUACGUUUCUAUUUGGCAAAUAGGCAACCAUUUUAUAAUAUUUUCAUGUGAUUAA